AUGAAGUUUUUCAGCUUUUUCCUUCUGUCGUUCCACACGAUCAUCGCACUCGCUAAGAAGCGAGGAAAGCCCGUCAAAGUUUUUAUUCUGGCUGGUGAAGCUAAUGUCGAAGGCUACGCAUCACUGUCACAUUUGCACGAUUUGGUCACUGGGCAACACACCCUUAAUGUGACGGAAACGCGUCUCGAUGGUCCUGGACGUUACCAGCACUUAAGAGAUGGCUAUGGGCAGUGGUCCACACGAGACGAUGUUUUUGUCACGUAUGAGCACGAACGGCACUCUGGCUGGAAAUAUGGUCCCUUGGAUGUAACCCAUUGGGGCGCCGCUCCAAAUGUCUUCGGUCCCGAGGUUGAGUUUGGACAUGUUAUGGGAAAUGCCUACGUUGAGCCAGUCAUUUUGGUCAAAGCUGCUUGGGGGAAACGGUCGUUGGCGAAAGAUUUCCGACCGCCGUCAGCAACUGGUGAAACUGGAUUUCAGUGGUACCGUAUGCAAACCGGUAUAGCCAACACCUUUGCCCAGAUAGCCAACAUACUUGGUGAGGAGUACAAACACGCGGAUAUUGAUAUUGGUGGAAUAGUCUGGUGGCAUGGGUAUACAGAUUUGUGGAAUCAGGCAAACGCAGCUGAAUAUGAGUCAAAUCUCGAACACUUCGUACGUGACUUAAGAUCAACCCUACAUCGCCCGCUCCUACCGAUAGUGAUCGCAGAAUUAGGUGGAUCUGGAGCGAAUGCAUCCCGCCGAGAGAUUCGUAUGCGCGAUGCACAGCAACGCGUGGCAAAUCUUGCCGAAUGGAACUAUACAACGUCGUACGUGCGGACGGCUUCAUUUGCUGUACCGUCGAAGCCUUUCCUAGACAUCAAUACACAUUACUAUGGCCGUGCCGAUACAAUGAUCGCAAUAGGAUCAGCCCUUGCCACCGAGAUGCUACGGCUCAACCAUCUGGGGCCUCCAGAGUUCCGCAAAUCGCAACUGGAAUCAGAUUUGUCUACGUUUGGUGGAUUCUUGCAAACCUUUUUUACAACUUGUAUAGCUGUCGUGGCAGCAGUAUUGAUUGUGUUAUACAGUCUGUACAAAAAUGGUCACAUCUCCAGAGGCAAGGUCAUGCGACUUCGCAACAGCUUUCAUUGUCGAAAACGAGAUAAUGGUACAGUUUUCGCAAACGGUCCCAUCCGAGAAACGACAAUGGCAUAA